CCAGCCAGACCUAGAUUAAAGCCAUGUUGUAUUGUGAUUCUUAGGAAUUGGCCGCAUAUCCUUAAAUACAUGUAUCGCUUAUUUAGUGUCUGAGCUUGGGCUAUUUUUGGCCAAGAACCUGUCCCAAACCAUAUUCGACAUCAAUUAUACGCAUACAGUUAUUUAAUGUAGAGCGCAUUUGCAUAGCAAACUAAUUAAACUUGUGUAGUUCAAGUGAUUGUGUCAUGUAUUUCAAUUUAUAUUUUUGACUUAUUUAGGCUAAAAACAAGCAGUUGACGGCCUUUCAUGUUGCUUGCUAGCACGACCCGGUUGCAUUGCACAUGGAACACACGAGCAGUCUCAAAUCUCACAUGUUUCACGCUGGCUUUCUCUCACAAUGUUUAUAUCAUGUCGUAAUAAUACAACAUGUGUGUGUGUGACAAAGUGAGGUGAUACAGUGAAACUCAUUGUAUCGCCACCUAAGGAGCAUACUAUAAGCUAACACAGCGAAAACGGAAGUUGUUGGGGGGAUUGUCCUCUCGCACCUGCUUGGUGCUCUUCUGCGCUGUCGUCCAAGAAUGGCCGCUGCUGCCGCAGGAAUAAACAAGCAGGGCGCUGUAGCGACGAUGGAGCCCUGCAUCCGACACGGGAGGGGAUCUAAUGGAAACACGGUGAAGGUGCUGGAGUGCGGUGUGUGUGAGGACGUUUUCUCUCUGCAGGGGGACAAGGUCCCUCGCCUCCUGCUCUGUGGCCACACUGUGUGUCAUGACUGUCUUACUCGUCUGCCCCUCCAUGGCAGAGCAGUCCGCUGCCCCUUUGACAGACAGGUCACCGAGCUGGGUGACUCUGGUGUCUGGGGUCUGAAGAAGAACUUUGCUCUGCUCGAACUCCUGGAGCGACUCCAGAAUGGAGCCUCCAACCAGUCAGGAAUGGCGGAGGAUGCUCUGAAAGGAAUGGGAGAAUGUGUAAUACGGUGCGACGAGGACGAGAGCCACACGGCGUCGAUGUACUGCACCGUGUGCGCCACCCACCUGUGUGCCGAGUGCUCCCAGCUCACCCACUCCACGCGCACUCUGGCCAAACACCGCCGGGUGCCGCUGGCUGACAAGCCUCACGAGAAGACCUUGUGUCCGCAGCAUCAGGUCCACGCCAUCGAGUUUGUCUGCCUGGAGGAGGUGUGUCAGUCUGGGCCGCUCAUGUGCUGCGUGUGUAAGGAGUACGGCAAGCACCAGGGACAUAAGCACGCUGUUCUUGAGACUGAAGCUAAUCAGAUCCGUGCCUCCAUUUUGGACAUGGCCCACUGCAUCCGCACCUUCACAGACGAGGUGUCUGAGUACUCGAGGAAGCUGGUGGGCAUCGUGCAGCAGAUAGAGGGCGGAGAGCAAAUAGUAGAGGAUGAAGUUGGCAUGGCACACACAGAACAUGUCCCCGGCACGGCAGAGAGCGCGCGCUCCUGCGUUCGCGCCUACUUCGCCGACCUCCACGAGACUCUGUGUCGGCAGGAGGAGAUGGCGCUGAGCGUGGUGGACGCUCACGUCAGGGAGAGGCUGAUCUGGCUGAGGCAGCAGCAGGAGGACAUGACCAUUCUGCUGUCUCAGGUGUCCACCGCCUGCCUGCACUGCGAGAAAACACUUCAGCAGGACGACUGCAGAGUUGUGCUGGCGAAGCAGGAGAUCAACUGUCUGCUGGAGACGCUACAGAAGCAGCAGCACCAGUUCACUGAGCUGGCAGAUCACAUUCAGCUGGAUGCUGGCAUCCCCGUCACCUUCACUAAGGACAACCGUGUUCACAUUGGCCCAAAGAUGGAGAUCCGUGUUGUGACCCUUGGGCUUGAUGGAGCAGGGAAAACCACCAUCCUCUUCAAGCUCAAACAAGAUGAGUUCAUGCAGCCCAUCCCGACUAUUGGUUUCAACGUGGAGACAGUUGAAUAUAAAAACUUAAAAUUCACCAUCUGGGAUGUGGGUGGAAAGCAUAAGCUCAGACCACUGUGGAAACACUAUUAUCUCAACACUCAAGCGGUGGUGUUUGUGAUCGACAGCUGCCACAGAGACCGGCUCAUGGAGGCUCACAGUGAACUGGCCAAACUACUGACCGAGAAGGAGCUCAGAGACGCCCUGCUGCUCAUCUUUGCAAACAAACAGGACGUUCCUGGCGCCGUCUCUGUGGAGGAAAUGACGGAGCUGCUGAGCCUGCACAAGCUGUGCUGUGGGAGGAGCUGGCACAUCCAAGGCUGCGACGCCCGCAGCGGGAUGGGCCUCCACGAGGGUUUGGAUUGGCUCUCCAGACAGCUGGUGGCAGCUGGUGUCCUCGAUGUCGCCUAACCGUCACCUCCAUCUCCUUAAUGACUCGCCCCGGAAUGGUCAAACCCCAGAAUCUGAGCUUCAGGCAUUGACUUUUAAGGCGUUACCACGGCUUUAAGCCUUCAUCAUGUUUUACUUCUCUGUAUUCUGCUGUGUAGGCUCAUUUAAUAGGAACAUGGAAACUAAUAACCGUCUCACUCUCCCUCCUCAUGCACCACACUCUCAAAUGCUGACAAACUCUCUAGGACUGAAUUCGGAGUCAAAGCUGCAGUAGGCAGGAUGACUAGAAAUUGGGUUGAUUGAGUUUCAACUGACAUGUUCUUAAAAAGUCACACAUACAUGUCACUUUAAUGCUUGAAGGCACAUGCUAGGUUAGCAGAGCAGUGUCUGUUUAUGGCUUUAGCUAUAGCAACUCUAGCCUUACGUGUUGCUAAAGUGAUGACGUGAUCUCCACUGUAUCUGCUACUGUUGGAUGCACCAUCAGACCAAAAACACCAACCAACAGAGCAACCUCGUCUUAAUAGCUCUGUUUUGGCAGUAGUAUUUGAGCUAAACUAUAAGACAAAGCGAUUUGAUAAAUGAACACUAACAUUUCCCAAACUUCUGACCCAAAGCAAUGUUAGCAAACCAAACCAAUACAUUCUAUGCAGAGUAGUUGUAACAGCCAAUCGGAGCGCCUGCUGCGUCUCUCUGAACUGCACUGUGAUUGGUCAAAACACUUGAGGCUGAGACUGUAAAUAGACCUCAGAGGCGGUGCAGAAUUACACUAAAAAGAUAUUAUGUAAUUAUUGAUCAGUAACGACAACAAUCUUUUAAGACAAACUCCCAUCAUGCUUCAUUUCUGGCAGCUUAUGCACCCAGAAUAACACAUUGGCUACUUUGGCUUUUCCUCAGUAUAACUAACAUUAUAGCUACUUGGCUUGAGUCCAGUUAAAUGUUAGAAGUGCAGCUUGUGUCCUGACAGAGCGGACCGUAUCUUUUACUUUCCAUGACACGGCAUUCUCAAAUGCUGAGUCGUCCAUAUUAUAAUGGUAGUAUUGUUUAUGUACCUUUUAUGAUUCACGAGGCUUCAGAUACCCCUGAGAUAAUAUGAUAUGCCCAGUUACAUCCAGUGUAUCUGCAGGUGAUUGAGAUGGUACAGUAUUGUUCUUUUGUGUUUAUAACGAAGCCUGAGGACUUGACAUUUGGGCUGAGCUUUCACGUUGCCUCGUCAUAUUCCGUAAGCAGCAAUAGCAGUCAAGUGUUUCAUUGAGUUAAUUGACCAGUGCUGGGGUAAGUUUUGUGUGCUAGUGUAUUUUUUAAGUGUAUGAACUUAUUUAAUGCCGCAGCUGGUCUCGAAAUGGCACACGACUAGAGUUUUGAUUUGAAUGUAGUGUUUUCUGUUACAGAGCAAAAUUGUUUACUGAACUUAUUUAUGAGCAGGAACAAGGACAUUACUCAAGCGAGGCAAAGGGGGCGGGGCCGUGUGAGAGAAUCCGUUUUUUUUUUUUUUAUGCACCGAUUUGGUGUCCGUUUUGCACGCAGAUGUUCGUCAGAUACACUUGUCUGCUGCCUCACCAGUUUUUCCAUCUGGAAGCAAAUGAACUAUCUGCUGUUUCUUAGUGGACUCUUGAGUAUUAAUCUUGCUGCAAAGAAAAAAUCAAAACAUGUCUUGUGAAAAUAUUCCUAUUUAAACAGCUCACAUGAAUCCUACUGGAGUGCUUAUGACAUGGUACACCUUCCAUCUACAGCCUUCAGGAAUGUAAUGUGAAACUUAGUGAAACAGCAAAACCCAACACUGACACUACUAUCAUAUGAGUUUAAUCUUUAUUCAUUGCUAUGUAAUGUAAUUUACUACUUGUACCUAUGUAUAAAAAUACAAAUAAAAAAAAAAAAAAUGCACGCGUAAAAAAAGCCUUUCCACAUAGUUUGUGAAAAGUACUUUUGUUUGUUUUUGAAUUGUAGAAGCACAAUGCUCAUCGGAACCUUUGUUACAAGUGGACUCAAUAAUGGCUUUUGUAAAUUAUUCAUAAUGUUCUGCUGUAAAAAAUAAUAAACUAACUGACAUGA